AUGCUGCUGUGUAAGGAUGCCACGCAGCCACUGGAGCUUGCAGCCCCACCCCCUUACCCAGAGGGUGAAAGGCUGCUCAAGCAAAUUGACGCGGGUGGAGACAUGUUCGUCGCUGGUGUCAACACGAAUGAUGACAUCUACUGUCUGUCUCGUCCAGCAGCGGUCUCUGCGAACGGUGCCUCUGCCUUGCCCUGGGUCAAUAUUGCAGGAAAGCUGAAGUACUACAGCUGUGGUUUGUGGGGCUGCUGGGGAGUUAACUCAGCUGAUGAUAUCUAUUUCCGGUUUGAUGUCACCCCGGACUCUUGUGCAGGAUCCAGGUGGGAGCACGUUCCAGGCAAGCUGUCCAUGAUUGAGGUCGGGACCGAAGGCUCUGUCUACGGCGUGAACAGUGCAGGACAAAUAUAUCGCAGGGAUGGAAUCACUAAAAGCAACCCCGUCGGCACCACCUGGACCCAAAUGGCCGGUUUCAUCUGCAACUGCAAACAUGUGUCCUAUGCCGUGGGCCAGGUGUGGCUUAUCACUGACCAGGACAAGAUUGUGAAAUGCCGGAUCUAA